UCCCAUCAUAAAACUCGUGCAAAUUCGUGAUCUCGCCAAUCUUCACAACUUUCAGUCGCUCGUCAUGGAGUACGGCACAAAACAAGCCCAGUUCCGAACAUUCCCGGCGAAUUCGCCGGAAGGCGUGGACCCGACGCAUCAGAGAAGAUCGGCCAAUUAUAAGCCUAACAUUUGGAAUUACGAUUUCCUCCGGUCGCUUAACAACAAGCACGACAUCGAAGAAGGAAUUAAAGAACGGGUUGAACAACUCGUCGAGGACGUAAAGCUAAUGUUUGCAGAAGCAGUCGAUUCACUUGCCAAGUUAGAGAUGAUCGAUCGCAUGAGAAAAAUGGGGUUGUCCAACCUCUUUGGCAAUGAGAUGAAAGAAACUCUUGAAACAGUUGCAUCCACCAACUAUUUUACCAUGGAAGAUCAUGUCUAUGCCAGUGCACUUCGGUUUAGACUCCUUCGACAGUAUGGUUAUGUCGGUUCACAAGAUGCGUUGAGGAGCUUCAAAGAAGGAAGCAACACAUUAAACCGAAGCAAUUGCAAAGAUAUUGAAGCUAUGAUAGAGCUUUUUGAGGCAUCGCAUCUCGCUUUGGAAGGCGAAAACAUAUUGGAUGAAGCGAAAGCCUUCUCAACUGGGAUUCUCGGGGAAAGAGUCUCCGGUUUGGACGGUCCGCUCUCCAAACGCGCUGUCCAUUCUUUGGAGCUUCCAAUGCACUGGAGAGUCCAGUGGUUCGACAUCAAAUGGCAAAUCAACUUAUACGAGCAACAGGAGGACAAGCGAAGUAAUCUGCUUGAGCUUGCCAAGCUCAAUUUCAACACGGUCCAAGCCACACACCAGAGAGAUCUUGUAGACAUAUCCAGGUGGUGGAGGGAUCUGGGACUUAUCGAACACGUGGAUUUCACUAGGGAUCGGCCGGUUGAGAGUUUUUUGUACGCCCUCGGACUCGCUCAGGAGCCACAACUCAGCUCUCUCCGAAAAUCUCUCAGCAAAGUCGUCAUCUUGAUACUGGUGAUCGACGAUGUCUACGACCUUUGUGGCUCGUUGGAGGAGCUAGAAUGCUUCACCGGUGCCAUCAUUAGGUGGGACUCGGAGCAGAUUCAACAGCUGCCCGAGUGCAUGAAGGUCUGUUUCCGAGCGCUUCGCGAUGUUACAUACGAGAUCGCUUAUGAUAUUACCAAGGACGAAGAUUGGCAUCGAGUGCUGCCACAUCUCGCCAAAGCCUGGGCAGAUUUUUGCAAAGCACUACUUACUGAAGCAAAGUGGGACCAUUCGGGCUACACACCCUCUUUGGAAGAGUACCUGAGCAACGCAUGGACAUCAUCUUCAGGACCGCUGCUCUUGUCUCAUGCUUAUUUCUUUGUGGGACAUAUGAAAUUGGAGGAUGUUGCAGAUUUGCUGGAGAAAAACAAGGAUCUGAUUUACAAUGUGUCCAUGAUAAUUCGACUCUGCAACGACUUAAGGACAUCCAAGGCCGAAAUAGACAGAGGAGAUGCUCCAUCAUCAGUGAUGUGUUACAUGCGAGAAGUGCACGUAUCAGAAGACGUUGCUCGGAAGCACAUCAAGGUAUUGAUCAACCAAGCAUGGAAAAGCAUUAGUUCUCAUUGCUUCGGCAAUACUGAGACACCAUUUCUCCGACCCUUUACCGAUGUCACUGUGAAUGCCGCUCGUGCUGCCCAUAUGCUUUACCAAUUCGGAGAUGGGUUUGGCAUCCAAGAUGGUAGCAUUGGGAAGCAAAUUCUAUCUACUGUGAUCGAGCCUCUCGCUCUUGAUUGAGAUAUUAGUGCAAGGUGAUGCAUUACAAUGGAUGGAAGACCUUGUCCCAGAAAAUCUAUUUUGCUAUUUGCUGAAUACUUCAAAGAGGGAAUGUCAUGGCCAAUGGUUUUC